GCGCGCGGCGGCGCACAAGCUCGCGCUCGCCGACGUCGUCGCGUGGUGGCGCUUCGAGCUCGCCGCCAUGGCCCGCGCGCUGCGCACGUCGGCGGACCGGGCGCGUUUCCCGCGUCCUUUUUUUGUGUCUUCGUCCUUGUGGCGUCGCGCUCGCAACGAGGACUUGGGGCGGUUACGGGGCAGUCGUCGAGGCCGCAGUACGACGCUAUAUCCAGAUGAAAUGUUUGGCACUCCUGGAUGGGCCCUUCGUCGUCGGAACCAAAGGCCGGGUUGGGCGCGGGAAGAACGCCGGCCACCACGAGCGACGACCGAGCCCUGACCCGUCGCGGUGGCCGAGCACAACACGCCGUCGACGCAGGCGCGGGACGAGCUCGGCAUCGAGCUCCGGUCGUUCUACCGCACGUCGCCGCCGGCCGCGGACCGCUGGGUGCACCGCGCGCGCUACGAGGUACGUUUUUUCGGCGUCCUUUGCUGUGGCCCGGGCGGCCGUCCUUCGCCGAGCUUCGACCCGUCGGCCGGACCCCGCCGCGCGGUGGCCUGCGCCGGAGCUCACGGCUGAGCCGACUUCGGGUCCCCGACGAGAGAAAGACCCCCCCCAGACGCCAUCGACGCGACCCGCUACAAAAAACGCAGGUGAAACGCGGCGACAAGGCGAAGCAGGCCCUCGCGCCCGCGCUGAAGUUCAAGGCGGUCGACGAGAAGGCGUUCGACAAGCUCGCGCGGAACGUCGAGCGGCUCGCGGCCGGGUCGGUGGCCACGACGGAGUUCGUGGCCCGUGUCCUUUUCUUGGUCACUUCGGGUCCACAACGAGAGAUAUACCCCAAGACGCCAUCGCCGCGACGCGCCACCGACGCAGGUGGGCCCGGGCCGAGGGCGGCGGCGCCGCGGCGCCCCUCGCGGUGGUCGCGGAGCUGGCCUCGCCGCCGGCCGGCGAGGACGAGUACGGCCACGAGGUCGUCGACGUGGCCAACGGCGCCGCGGCCGCGGCCUUCCUCGCCGCGGGCCACGGGGUCAUCGACGUCGCGGCCAUGCUCGGCCUGCGCGUCGACGCGCACCCCGGGUCGACCGCGGGCGGCACGGACGGCCUCCACUUCUGCAUGCCGGGGCCGCUGGACUACGCGCUGGAUCUCGUGUUGGCUCGCGUUGGCUCGGCGUUUGAUUCCGUCGUUCCUGAGAUUGAUGCGCCCCAUUAAUUUUA